CUUUAACCCAGCAGUUAGUCAAUAUUUUUCUUUUUUUGCUCUGCUGGCCAUGUUUUUUUUCUGCAUUAAUGUUUUCCUUACCUUAAUUUCUGCACAUGCAUCUUUUUGGAAAAACAUAGCACUAUGAUUGAGUGUAUUAAAUAUUUCCUACCAUCGUAUUACCCUUUUGUAUACUCAUGAAAUUUAUGAUGUCAAAAGUAAAUAUCACAAUAUAUAACAGAAAUUUAUUUGAAUGUAUAAUUUAGCUUUGUUUAAAGUUCAUAUAAAACAAGGCUAAUUUUGGCAUUUAAAGAUAAUACUCAAACUUGUUAGACCCAACAAUAGUGUGUCAAAGUGGGUCAUGUCAAUAAGAUAUAGCCCUUCCCUUUUAUUACAGUGGCCACUACACUCUUAUUCUCAGUUUUGUCAAACUGCAUUCCUGAAGAAAGGUCAAAAAACCUGGCAAACUCCUGGAAUUUACUUUGACAUGUUACUGUAUUUUAAAGUUUAUUUGCAGCGGACCGAGAUUAUGUUUUUCAGCUGUGUAUAACUGAACAUUUUUUUUAAGAUGCAUUAUUAUUACAUGGAAUGAUGCUGAUAUGACGCUUGAAAAUUCUAAAAAAGCUAUCACAUGUAAAAAAGGGACAGCUGUUAUACUUGCAGUUCAAAUUGUUUUGUUCAUUUAUUACUGCAAAUAUUUAUCAACAUGGGGACAGCAUAUUAAAUCAAUAGGUGCACCAUUACUGCUGUUUGUCAAAUACAAAAGCACAGAAAGAAACAUAAAAGAAAUUGAAGAAGAAGUUCCUUAUAUAAAAAGUAAUCCGUACUUAGCUAAUUUCAAUAUUAAACCAAAGGGAAAAAAGAAAAAUGUAACUUUAUUGGUUAUUGUAUCAACUGGACCAAGGAGAUACGAUAGAAGAGCAACUAUACGUAAAACAUGGUGGCAGCAAUGCAAACCUACAGGAAAGGUAAUACCAGAAUGUAUCUUCAUAACAGAUGAGCGUGUUAAAGGUCAGGAGUUUUAUGACAUUGUUAAAAAUGAAUCCGACACAUACCAUGAUAUGCAUUUUCAAAACUUAUCUGGUGGUGUAGAGUUUGGUAAAAGAUUUUUAUAUCAUAUGGUGUACGCAGUAACGAAUUAUAACUUCGAUUAUUACUUAAGAAUGGACGACGAUUACUACUUUUGUAUGGAAAGGUUUCUUCAUGAAAUUCCAGUCCCAAUGGAGAAAUAUUUUCACUGGGGGUGGGUACAUAAUGUUCCUGGUAUAACACGUCCAGAAGAAAGCAUGAUUUUAUUUUCAAGGGAUGUUAUAGAAUUAUUUUUAUCACAAGACCCUAACAAAAUGUUGUGUCAUCCAUUGGCAGAUCAGAUGAUAGCUGCAUGGUCAAACCAUAUAAACAUGACGUAUUUAUUUAGGCAUGAUUCCAGGUUACAUCAUCAUCCCCCGGUACGUGAUUUACCACAUAUUAAGAAUAGUAGGAAUAUUUGCGGUAGAUUCAUUGGUGUUCAUGGUGCUUAUCCCAAUGAAAUGAAAACGUUGUGGAAUAACAGAGGCAAACAGAGUAUUUAUACGACCGUGAAAUACAAUUCUCAUAUUGUUGCUAUUCAAAGACCAUUUAGGUGGCAACUGUUCGAUCAUAUUUGGCAGUAUGAACCAAAACCAUGUGUUUCAAACCCUUCUUGGAAUACUUCAAAGUUGUUUGUAACGAAAGGCUCCUAUUCAGGUCGACAAGGUGAGGACAAGGAACAUAAAAAGCCACGCCAUAGCCAGUAGCUAAACGUACAACCGAAUAAUGUUAGGAUAGAUAUAGGAAGCGAUAGAAAAAAAGCCUCCUUGGAACUGCAGAGGACUUAAUAAAGCUGUCUUAAACAUGCAGAAAACAACCCUGAUAAGAAACUCCAGUUCCAUUGACAGUUUGAAUUUUUUAAAGUUCCAAUCAAACAUUUUUUUUUGCCGACAAAAGUGGAGCAACAUCAAUAAUACACUGCACUAACAAAUUUUGUUGCUGAAAAGUGUAAUAGCACUAUGGUUUUUUAACGAACUAUGGUUUUUUAACGAACUAUGGUCUAUAAUAGCACUAUGGUUUUUUAACGAACAAAAGAGUCGAGCAGUCAGAUUUUUUCAAACUAGUUAAUUUUAUUGAGCUAUUGUUUAUUUUUAUUUGUUGUUAGAGAGAGUGUUUUAUUUGUAUAAAUCAAAAGUUAAGGUAUAUAUACACAUUUGUAU